AUGUUCAGAAGUAUUAAAAUUAUCAUUUUACUUUUGAAUGGUUUAACAACUGUGCUUGGGCAAUUUCAGGGGACGUAUGACUUGGACUCAGAUUAUUCACAUGUCCGUAAAGAACCAAAAAUAAGAACCAAAAAUGGGAGUAAAUACCAAUUGGACUAUUGUCAAAAAACAUUCGGUGUCAGUCUUGGAGGAUGGUUGGUCUUAGAGCCAUGGAUUGUUCCAAGUUUAUUUGAAGAAGUUUAUGAAAAAAUGGGAGAGAUGCCUGUGGAUGAGUAUACAUACACAAAACUAUUGGGUAAAAGAGAAGCAGAAAAGGCUUUAGAAGAGCAUUGGUCCUCGUUUUAUACAGAGGACGAUUUCCAGGAUAUAGUAGAUCAUGGAAUAAAUUUGGUGAGAAUACCCAUUGGUUAUUGGGCUUUCGGCUUGCUUGCCGAUGAUCCCUAUGUUCAGGGACAAGAAUACUACUUGGACCAGGCUAUAGAAUGGGCUGAUAAGUACGACUUGCAGGUUCAAAUUGAUAUUCACGGCAUGCCAGGGUCGCAAAAUGGGUUUGAUAAUUCGGGAAAACGGACCGAUCCUACGUGGUUGAAUGGAGGAGAAAAUAUGGACUUAACAUACGACGUGAUGGAUUAUUUCUUCAAUAAGUACGGUGGAGAAGAGUAUGAGGACAUUGUAACAAGUAUUGAAGUAGUAAAUGAGCCAUUUGCGUUUAUACUUGACAAGGAUGACUUGCGCGAGUUUUAUGAAUACGCUUAUCAGUGUGCCAGAGACAAUAGUGUAAAAGCUAACUUGUAUUUCCACGAUGGAUUUUUGCCAAUCGGUUCCUGGGAUAGGUUUAUGAAUGAUUCAAGUGUGUACCCCAAUAUCACUAUUGACCAUCACCUCUACGAAAUUUUCUCAGAACAUCAAAUUGCGUUGAACAUUGACCAACAUAUUAAGAAUGUUGAAGAUCAGGGUGCAGCAAUGGCUCUUCAACCACAUCACAGAAUUGUUGGCGAGUUUUCUGGUGCUUUUACAGAUUGUACUAAGUAUAUCAAUGGUGUUGGGAUAGGAGCAAGGUAUGAUGGUACUUUUUCAAACACUAAGCCUGUCGGAAGCUGCAAAAAUCAUUCUGAUUUCGACUCGUGGUCAGAGGAAUUUAAAAAUAAUACUAAAGAGUUCAUUAAAGCUCAAUUUGAAACCUUUGAGAAGAACGGAGAUGGAUGGAUUUUCUGGUGUUUCAAGACUGAAGAUUCCAUCGAAUGGGAUUUCAAAAGAUUGGCUAGUUUGGACAUGUUGCCCGAGUCCUUUUUGAAUAGAAAGAAAUGUCACAAUUUGAAAACUACCCAAAGACUAAAUGAUACAGAAAAGAACGAAACCACCAUUGAAAAGACAAGCGAUGGUUCCAGCAGUAUUGAUCUGACCAUACUAAAAUUUCAUCAAAGUUUUCAAUUACCGAAAAUUAUCUACAUAGGUGUAAUUUCUCUGAUUUUAUUAAUUCUUGCAGCAAUUCCAUAA